CAUCUCUGUUUAAUUUAAAUUUCUGAUAAGAAAAAUUAAUUUUCUUCUUCACUGAUGGAGAAUUGUCUUUCUGGGUUACGAUUCACAGAUUGCAGAACCCAUUUUUUAAUUUAAUCUUCCAAACUUGGAAAAAAAAUCUCCACUUGAAAAUUUUAUUGGUUUGGCUUGUAUUUUCCUUUUCAUAAAAUAUUAAAGAUAUUUGUUUCUUCCCUUUACACUUCUCUGAAAAUCAAUCUUUUUUCUUGAGGCAGCCACCUUAUCUCUCCCUUAUCUGUGUCUCUCUUCAUGUUCUUCUCUUGAGAAAACCUACCUCUGAAUUUUCUUGAAGGAACCUAAGAGAGGGGAGACAUGGAGGCUGUCUUACAAACCAAAGGGCUUCUCUCUCUUCCCUCAAACCCCAGAACCAAGGUUUUUCAAUCUUCUUUGGGAUUAAAGCAGAGAUUUUUCUCCACCAAACCCAAAACCCCAGGUGGGUUUUCUCUAUCCUCCAAUGGGUUCCCGAAAUUUCCAAGCUUUGUCCCAAAAAAUCAUGGGGUUGCCCCAGUAGAGAGGAACUUGUUCAUCUGCAGGGCUGAGGCUGCAGCUGCUGGGCAGCCAGCAUUUGGGGAAUCUGAGCAGCCCAAGUUCCUUGGGAUUGAGACUGUGACCCUCAAGAAAAUCAUCCCGCUUGGGUUGAUGUUCUUUUGUAUUUUGUUCAAUUACACAAUCCUCAGGGACACAAAAGAUGUGUUGGUUGUGACAGCCAAAGGGAGCAGUGCAGAGAUUAUACCUUUUUUGAAGACCUGGGUGAAUCUGCCUAUGGCUGUUGGGUUUAUGCUACUCUACACAAAACUCUCUAAUGUUUUGUCCAAGAAGGCUCUCUUCUACACUGUUAUUCUACCUUUUAUCGCCUUUUUUGGGGCGUUCGGGUUCGUCCUGUAUCCUCUCAGUGGCUAUAUCCACCCUGAAGCCCUUGCUGAUAGUCUUCUCAACGUUCUCGGCCCGAGAUUCCUUGGUCCUCUUGCAAUUUUGAGGAUUUGGAGCUUUUGUUUGUUCUAUGUCAUGGCUGAAUUGUGGGGGAGCGUCGUGAUUUCUGUGCUUUUCUGGGGGUUUGCCAAUCAGAUCACUACCGUUGAGGAAGCAAAGAGGUUCUACCCUCUUUUUGGAUUGGGAGCGAACGUUGCACUAAUUUUCUCAGGCAGAACAGUGAAGUAUUUCUCUAAUCUGAGGCAAAAUUUGGGUCCUGGAGUUGAUGGCUGGGCCAUGUCCUUAAGGGGUAUGAUGAGCAUUGUGGUGUUGUUGGGGUUAACUAUCUGUGGCCUGUACUGGUGGGUAAACACUUAUGUUCCUCUUCCCACCCGUAGCAAGAAGAAGAAGGAGAAGCCAAAGAUGGGGACAAUGGAGAGCUUGAAAUUUUUGGUGUCUUCACCGUACAUCAGAGAUCUUGCCACUUUGGUGGUUGCAUAUGGUAUUAGUAUCAACCUUGUGGAGGUUACAUGGAAAUCGAAGCUCAAAGCUCAGUUUCCAAGCCCAAAUGAGUACUCUUCUUUUAUGGGCGACUUCUCAACUGCCACCGGAAUAGCAACUUUCACAAUGAUGUUGCUAAGCCAAGUUAUAUUCGAAAAAUAUGGAUGGGGAGUUGCUGCCAAGAUCACACCUACAGUGCUACUUCUGACUGGAGUUGGUUUCUUCUCUCUGAUAUUGUUUGGUGGCCCACUUUCACCCGCUAUUGCGAGCCUUGGGAUGACUCCUCUUCUUGCAGCAGUAUAUGUGGGUGCUCUGCAAAACAUUUUCAGCAAGAGUGCCAAGUACAGCUUGUUUGACCCAUGCAAAGAAAUGGCAUAUAUUCCCUUGGAUGAGGACACCAAGGUUAAAGGAAAGGCGGCCAUUGAUGUUGUCUGCAACCCAUUGGGGAAGUCUGGUGGUGCUCUGAUUCAGCAGUUUAUGAUUUUAACCUUUGGAUCACUUGCCAACUCAACACCUUACCUUGGAGGAAUACUUCUGGUGAUUGUUCUUGCAUGGCUGGCAGCAGCCAGGUCUCUAGACACCCAGUUCACUGCAUUGCGAAGGGAGGAAGAGCUCGAGAAGGAGAUGGAAAGAGCGGCAGUUAAGAUCCCAGUUGUGGCCCAAGAGGGAGGUCGGAAUGGUCCUCUUGCCAGCGACUCAGUGCUGAAUCCAACAGCCGGAGACUCAACCGGUGGAAAACCUCCGCGCAGAAUAUGAUGUGUCCUGUUUGAGGAAGAACCAGAGGGUUGAUGAGAUUGAGAAGCAGCAAUAUUUGGUGAAGUUAUUGGUUGGUAGGAUCUUAGUUUGCUUAAAAAAUAAACAGCUGAUGACUUCUUAUGAGUCCAGUUUAUUCAUAGGCAUUGAAAUUGCAUUAUCUGUUUAGUUGAAGUUGCUAAUAGUUUAAUUGGAUUGAAUUAAUAAACUUGGUUGAUUCAUUAUUUAGAAAUGUUAUUCUUAUUGGAAAUAUUGUAUGCAUAAAGCUAAGCAUUCCAGAUUUUACAUGCA